CAGUCAGAAAGCCGGUGGGCAGCAUGGCGGAUAACUCAGUGUCAGAGCUGCUCCUACAGAGACUACAGGAUGGGGACUCAGAAGGCCUGGACAGUCUGGAUCUGGCAGCUGAGUUGGGUGUGGAUCAUCAGCAAGUCGUUGGGGCCGUGAAGAGUCUGCAGUCCCUGGGAGAGAUAAUUGAAGCAGAGCAGAGGUCCAGUAAGCGCUGGGAACUAACUGCAGAGGGUGAAGAAAUUGCACGUGAGGGCAGUCAUGAGGCCAGAGUCUUUUACAGUCUUCCUCAGGAUGGAUUGGCACAGACUGAGCUAAUGAAAUUAUCCUUUGGAAAAGUUGGAUUUAGUAAAGCCAUGUCGAACCGCUGGAUUCGUUUAGACAAAUCUGCAGAAGGGGGACCUCGUGUUUUCCAAAUUGUGGAUAAGGUGGAGGACGCUGUAAAAGACAAGCUUCAGUUGAUUCUGCAGGGAAAAGCGGACAAGCUUAACGAAAAAGACAAGAAUGAGCUGAAGAAGAGGAAGCUUCUUAAUGAAGUGACAGUUAAAACCUACCGGGUAACAAAGGGAAGUGGAUUCAGCACGAGCAUCAGCAAACAGGAGACUGAUCUAACCCCAGAGAUGAUCGCCAGUGGGUCCUGGAGAGAGAAGAAGUUUAAAGCAUAUAAUUUUAACGCACUGGGCGUGAUGCCAGAGUGUGGUCACCUGCACCCACUGCUGAAGGUGCGCACGCAAUUCCGACAGAUAUUCCUUGAGAUGGGCUUUACAGAGAUGCCCACAAAUAACUUCAUAGAGAGCUCGUUCUGGAAUUUUGAUGCCCUGUUUCAGCCACAACAGCAUCCAGCCAGAGAUCAACAUGACACUUUCUUCCUGCAGGAUCCAGCUGAAGCAACAGAAUUCCCAAUGGAUUAUUUAGAGCGUGUGAAAAAGGUUCAUUCAGAAGGCGGUUAUGGCUCACAAGGUUACAAAUAUGAUUGGAGUAUCUUAGAGGCUAAGAAAAACCUCCUGCGCACUCACACCACUGCAGUGAGUGCUCGUAUGCUGUACAAACUUGCUCAGCAGAAAGAGUUUACACCUGUGAAGUAUUUUUCCAUUGAUCGGGUGUUUAGAAAUGAGACCCUGGAUGCCACCCACUUGGCAGAGUUUCACCAGAUUGAGGGAGUAGUGUCAGAUUACGGUUUAACCCUUGGAGAUCUCAUGGGCGUCUUAAAGGAAUUCUUUAACAAGCUAGGAAUCACUAAAUUACGUUUCAAGCCAGCAUAUAACCCUUACACUGAACCAAGUAUGGAAGUGUUUAGCUACCAUGAAGGUUUAAAAAAAUGGGUCGAAGUUGGUAAUUCAGGAGUCUUCCGACCAGAAAUGCUUCUGCCAAUGGGUUUGCCUGAAGGGGUAUCUGUCAUUGCUUGGGGACUCUCUCUAGAAAGGCCAACGAUGAUCAAAUAUGGGAUUAAUAAUAUCCGAGAAUUGGUGGGACACAAAGUGAAUCUGCAGAUGGUAUAUGACAGUCCUAUAUGCAGGCUAGACUCAUGAUGAAUUGGUCCGCAUGGAAUGGAAGCUCUAACUUGUAAUGUUUUCUUCUUAUGGGAACAUGUUAAAAAUCUAAACUCCUAAAAUAUUUAUUUUCAUUCAUAGUGUAAAACAAAAUACAUGCAAACUGAUCAUUUCUGACUUUGGUAAAAUGUUGAAAUACUAAAAGCCUGAUGUAUUUUAUGCAACUUCCCCUCUUGCAUACAAUUUGCUCCUUCGUCAGUGAGCCCAUUUAAAUAGGUUUGUAUUAGGACCUUUUUUAUGUUUAUCUCCUUUUUGGUUUCUUUUUAAACUUGAUAAUUAGAAUGACAUCCUUUUAUUAUAGUAUUAAGUACAUACUAUAAUACAUAGAGUAAAGGGAGAACACAGGACAAUGGACAAUUUGAAAGUUAAUUUUAGUAAGCAAUAUAAAUGGACAGUAAAGUCAAAAUUAAUCGCGAUUCAGAUAGGGCAUGCAAUUUUAAACAAUUAUCCAGUUUACGGCUAUUAUCACAUUUUGCUUUGUUCUCUCUGUUUCCUUUGUUGAAUAGUAAACCUAGAUAUGCACGGUUUGCAACUAUGUAUGGCAUUGCUUUAAACAUUGUUGUAAAUAGGCAUGCACAUUGCUUAGUUAUUCGGCAUUCGUUUAAAAAACAAAUGCAAAAUAUUGCCGCGGGCAUCAGAUUUUUUUUAGUGCAAAUCCAGUUAUUUGUGUGAUGCACAUUAACACUUAUAAAUAACAAAAUAAUGCACAUGCCUAGUUGCAAUCACUGCUGGCAGAUGUCUAAAGACGCGCACACUUCUGAGCUCUCCUUGGAGCUUUAACAAUCGGUACCAAGAGAACUAAGCAAAAUUGAUAACAGAAGUAAAUUGGAAUGUUGUUUAAAAUGUAAUGCGUUAUCUAAUCCAUUUGUUAAAUUUUAAUUUUUCUGUCCCUUUUAAAAUAAAAAGAUGCAUUAAUAAAAAUGAAGCUGUUUAUUUUUGCCAUACUGAGGAAAAUAGAACAAUGAAAAACAUAUGUUUAGAAUGUCAGUGAAGACUUAGCUAAAUACAGCUCACAAAGGGUUCAUUCCUGUUAAGCUGUUGGCUAUUGCAGCUUUUUCUAGCAGUAAAGAUGUUGAAGGGACAGUAAUUACAAGACAUUUCUCUUGUGUUGCUAUAAAAUAACAGCCAAGUAUAAACGUCUUUAAAACAAAUUAACCCUUUCGGGAAGGAGGCAACUUUUUAACUUCGAAACGUAAGCAUCCGUCCAAAAAGGAUGUCAAAUGAUUGUAACUGCAAUCAUGUGACUCCAAACUCUGCUGAUUGGCUCCUGGGGGACUUCCUGUGGUGCUAGACACAUCACCUAGUGGGAUCAACAGGAGCUUUCACAAGGAGGGAAGCAGGAUGUCGCAAAAGUUAGGAUAUUCCAUGCUGUUCUAAAGGCGUUAAAGCCCAGCGCUUUUAGGACGGCAUGGAACGUCCUAACGGCAUCUAGGGGUUUUAACAGCAUUUUUACUGCAAUUAUUUAUCAAAAGCCAAACUCCAUCCACCAUUUGUGUUAUUUGAAGGAGCCAAUCUGGAUUUUAGUCCACAGACAACAAGGCUAGCCCGGGCUAUAAUGUUAGUAGAAAGUGCAUUGUUUUGCAAUUGUUAUCAGUUAAACCCUAUUGGGGACAGAUAUGUAUAAAAAUGGACAUGCAUGGAAGGUUUUUUCCAGCUUCUGUUCUAUCUCAUGGAGUGCUGUUCUUUCAUUGUGUUUUAUUGGGGACAGAUAUGUAGCAGGGUUAUCUUAAAAGUCAGCAGGGUGCCGUUUAAAUUACGGGAAUUAGAAAUUGCUCAAUUUUCAGAGCUAAAUUACAUAAAUAUGGUGCAAAAUAAUAAUGAAAAUAUAUUGCAGGGUUGCUGCAUUAUGCAUAACUGAACAUUUUAUAGAAAUCUCAAUGUGUUUAACCUUAAUGACAGCAUCAUUUUGAAUUGACACUAGUAGGUUAACAGCAGGAUUUUCUGAUUAAACUUCAUUUUAAUACCAACAAUCUCCCAUAUUGGCCUGCUUAACUUAUCAUGAUGACUGAUAUUGCUCCAAUUAUGUAUUCACUAGAUUUCUGCUGACUGCACUGUAUAACCCUUCACAUGUACCAUCCAAGACAUUUUAUUACUGAGUGAGCAGCUGCUAUAGUUCAUAUCACUGUUCCAUAUAAGGUCCUUAUUUGCCUCAUAUAAACCUUUCUGUUUAGAAACGUUUUUUCACUGCAGACUGCAGUAGGAUAAACAAACAUCUGUUUUUGUUAGCCUGGAUAUUGAGUACAUCUCCCUCUUCUGCAUUACGUGACCUGUAUACUGACCGCUUCACUCUAGAUUGCACAGAUGGGACUUGUUCCCUUUUUCUACCCAUCAUAUUAACCAAGUAUUCUCUCAUUUGUAACUGUUCUAACACAAUAAAAACUGUUAUUAAAGGGAAACAGACCCCGGCCAGCAUUCUCUUGCAUUUACUUGUACUGUUCAUAAAGUAAUAACAAAACUGAAUAUACUGCUGGUCAUUGCUUUUAUUUUGUAGACAAAUUGAGCUAAUGAUAACUGAUUUAUUACUGUGUAGCAUAUUUAGUAAAUAUGUAUGUUAUGUAUAAACACUCCCAUUGGUAAUACAUUAAAGUAACAUGAAACUAUA